GGGAAUUCGUGCCUUAUAUAGUCCUGGACAACAGCUGACGUCAUUCCAACGUGUGAAAAUGUUGUCGCUGCACUGCCACACUCUUCUCUCUUUCUCUCCGACUAGGUCAAACCCUUUUCUCGAUUCCGUAUACCCCCUUCUACAGCUAACAUGUCCGAACUCACUUUUGAUACGCUUAUGGACGAUGGGAACUACCUCGGCUCUGAGCGUGCGAGGAUGGAAAACCGAGUUAUACUGGAGGAACUGGAAAGAAAGAAAAAGGCACGAAGCAUGGCUGUACCGACGGACGAUAAUCGUGUCAAGAUAAGGUUGAGGGAAAUCGGAGAGCCAAUCACCCUUUUCGGUGAACGUGCUGCCGACCGUAGAGACCGUCUCAUAUACGUGCUGUCGCAAAUAAAUGCUGCAAGAGGGGAUGAUGCUAUGCAUCUAGAUGAAGAUGAAAGUUCAGAAAGUGAGGCUGAGGAGGAGGAAUUCUAUUCUCCUGGGUCCUUGGAGCUGCUUGAGGCUCGAAGACGAAUAGCCGAAUACUCACUUCCCAGAGCUCAAAAGCGCGUCGCCCAACAGCGGAUAGACAGCAAAAUGGAUCUUGGUAAAAUCGUCGAUAUCAGGAAGAAGGUUUUUGCCGAAGUUAAAAAAUAUGCGAACCUUGGAUCCCAGAUUGGUGACGAGCGGCCCAUUUCUCAGGUUCGCUUUGCACCUAACAACGAGAUUCUGGCUACUUCGAGCUGGUCCGGGACGGUGAAAUUGUGGAACGUACCUGCUUGUACACCAAUACGAUCCUUACGAGGUCAUAGUGACCGUGUAGGUGGUAUUGCCUGGCACCCCGAGGCUACAAGAUCCUUAAGCGCUGACGCGGCAAAUCUCGUCAGUGGAGCAGGGGAUGGGAACGUCAACUUGUGGUCGUUGAACAGCGAUGCUCCCGUAUCAGUAAUGAAAGGUCAUCAAGGACGAGUCUGUCGAGUUGCGUUUCAUCCUUCGGGAGAUUAUGUGGCUAGUGCUAGUUUCGAUACAACCUGGCGUUUAUGGGAUGUUGCCACUGCGAAGGAACUUCUAUUGCAGGAGGGACAUUCAAAAGAAGUCUACUCUGUCGAAUUUCAGAAUGACGGUGCUCUAGUAGCUUCUGGUGGCUUGGACGCCAUUGGAAGGGUCUGGGACUUACGAACGGGAAGAACUGCCAUGGUUCUAGAUGGGCACGUCCAGGCGAUCUAUGCGAUAGGGUUUUCUCCUAAUGGGUAUCAAAUUGCCACUGGUGCCGGUGACGAUACAAUUCGUAUAUGGGAUCUACGUUCUUUAAAGGCUCUAUAUACUAUUCCUGCACAUCUGUCCAAUGUUUCGGAUGUGCGGUUUUUCCAUGCCGAUAACCUCUUUUUCAAACCUCCAGAAGGAGAGUCGGAGGCUCAAACUGCGAAGGAAGAAUGGGAUUACCGUUCUGGAUUGUUCUUUGCAUCUUCGGGCUACGACGGCCUUGUAAAAAUUUGGAGUGCUGACGAUUGGCAGCUGCUUCGGACCCUAUCGACGGAUGCAGGGAAGGUUAUGUCGGUAGACAUAUCGAGUGAUGGGGACCUGAUUGCGAGUGGUACGUACAAUAGGAAUUUCCAGCUCUUUGCUCCGGAGGAAGUUGCAGCGUUGUAGUAGUAUUGUGGUAUGUAUCGAGUAUAAAUAUAGGUCUUGUCAUAUCUUUUAC